GAUUGGAACCCGGAGUCAGGAUUCGCUAAAUGAAGGGUCUUUUGCAGAAAAGGUUGUCAUAAUGGCUGAGCCAGAUGAGUUCAUCUGGUGUGAGGACUGUGGACAGUACCAUGACUCCGAGUGUCCUGAGCUGGGACCGCUGGUGACCGUCCAGGACUCCUUUGUCCUCAGCCGGGCCCGAUCGUCUUUGCCAAACAGCCUGGAGAUCAGACAGGUGGCUGAUGGACAGGAGGGGGUGUUUGUUCUGCGCCGGCUGGUCAAGAGGACCCGGUUUGGACCCUUUGAGGCUAAGAGGGUCCCUCACCUGGAGAAGGAAGGAGCGUUUCCUCUGAAGAUCUUCCAGAGGGACGCCGUGGUGGUGUGUUUUGACUCCAGCAGCGAAGAAGACUGCAACUGGAUGAUGCUGGUGCGACCGGCCACCGACCACAGACACCAGAAUCUGACGGCGUACCAGCAGGACGACGACGUGUACUUCAACACCUCCCAGGAUGUGCUCCCGGGAACAGAGCUGAGGGUCUGGUACGGAGCUUUCUAUGCCAAGAAGAUGGAGAAGCCGGUGCUGAAGCCUCCGCUUCAGCCAGCACCUCCACCAGAGGUGACGGAGAGCUCGGAGAAAACUGGAGCCCACGUGUCCCCAGUGGCUGCAGAAAACAACACAGGCAACAUGCUGAGUCAUCUCGACGAGGCGAAGGCAGCGAUGGUGCCUCCGGUCGACCCGCUCCUGCCCCAAGAGGAGAGCCUGGUGGGCCCCAAUGAGGAGGAGGGCGACCCCCCCGCAGCUCAGCCGGGCCCCAAGAGAGGGCAGGGCCGCGGGAGGAGAGCGAAGGGACGCAGGCCCGGAGCUGCAGCGACUGCAGGCAGAAACAAAGAUGUGAAGCCGUCGGCGGAGAGCGCAGAGCCGGCGUCCUCAGAGGCGGCGGCGGAGAGCGGCGGCGGCCUGCUGAGCUCUGCAGACGGCGGACAGCCUGUCCCCAAAAGACACAAAGCCAGAGAGCACAAGAGGGUUUACCGCUGCUCCCUCUGCAACAAGGUCUUCCAGAACAGCAGCAACCUCAACAGACACAUCCGGUCACACGGUGAUAAGCUGUUCAAAUGUGAUGAAUGUGACAAGUUGUUCAGCCGAAAAGAGAGUCUGAAGCAGCACAUCUCUUACAAGCACAGCAAGAACAUGCCUGACCUGGAGUACAAAUAUAAAUGCAACACGUGUGAGAAAUCCUUCCGCCUGGAAAAUGCCUUAAAGUUCCACAACUGCCGAACAGACGACAAGACGUUCCAGUGCGACAUCUGCUCGCGGUUCUUCUCCACCAACAGUAACCUUUCCAAGCACAAGAAGAAGCACGGCGAGAAGCUCUACUCCUGCGAAAUCUGCAACAAGAUGUUCUACCGCAAAGACGUGAUGCAGGAGCACCACAGGAGGCACGGAGUGGGACCAAAGCACAUGAAGAAAGAGGAGCUGGAGGCCAACGGAGAAGAAGGGACCAGGUACAGGAAGGAGCCGUCGCCGUGUCCCAUCUGUGGCAAGGUGUUCUCUUGCAGGAGCAACAUGAACAAGCACCUGCUGACUCACGGCGAUAAGAAGUACACCUGUGAGAUUUGCGCUCGCAAGUUCUUCCGCGUGGACGUCCUGCGAGAUCACAUCCACGUUCACUUCAAGGAUAUAGCCUUAAUGGACGAGCAGGAGAGAGAAGGCUUCAUCAAGAAGAUCGGCAUCUCAGCAGGCGACAGCGACGACACGGACGAAGACGAAGAGGAAGACGACCCCGAGCACCACAAGUACAACUGCAAGAAAUGCCAACUGUCGUUUGCUAAAGGCAAAGAGUACCUGAAGCACAUCAUGGAGCAGCACAAGGAGAGAGGCUACGGCUGCGGGAUCUGCAAUCGCCGCUUCGCGCUGAAGGCCACGUACAACGCUCACCUGGUCAUCCACAGAGAGCAGCUGCCCGACCCCGCAGUGCAGAAGUACAUCCACCCGUGUGAAAUCUGUGGCCGAAUCUUCAACAGUAUUGGAAACCUGGAGAGGCACAAGAUCAUCCACACCGGCGUGAAGAGCCACAGCUGCGAUAAAUGCGGCAAAUCAUUUGCGAGGAAGGACAUGCUGAAGGAGCACCUCAGGGUUCACGAUGACAUCCGGGACUUCCUGUGUGCAGAGUGCGGGAAAGGCAUGAAGACCAAACACGCUCUGCGGCACCACAUGAAGCUUCACAAGGGCAUCAAAGAGUACGAGUGUAAGGAGUGUAACCGCAAGUUUGCCCAAAAAGUCAACAUGCUGAAACACUACAAGAGACACACAGGUAUAAAGGACUUCAUGUGCGAGCUGUGUGGAAAGACGUUCAGCGAGAGGACGACUCUGGAAACACACAAGCUCAUCCACACAGUGGGUAAGACAUGGACGUGUGAGACGUGCGAUAAGAAGUACCUGACGGAGUACAUGCUGCAGAAGCACGUCCACCUCACUCAUGAGAAGGUGGAGGCCCAGUCGUGUCACAUCUGCGGGACCAAAGUGUCCACCCGCGCCUCCAUGAACAGACACCACCUGCGACGCAAACACCCUGAGCUGGUGUCUGUCAGGAUGGAUGAGUUUGACGAUCUUCAGGAACCAUCGACAAUCAACGAUUCGUCCAUCAGCAUCGUGCAGCCGACUCUGACGCUGGAGAAAGACGGCCUCCCUCAGGAGAGGCCCGGCCGACCGUCCCGACACCCCAAGAAGAAGCAGAGAGUCCCGGCCGAGCCGGAGCUUUCCGAGUCCGACGAAUACGUGGAUUUCACCGAGCAGAGGCACGAGCCCAUGGCGGAAUUCAACGCCGUCAUCGUCGGCGACGAGACCGAGACGAGCUCUGCCGUGCAGAGUAUCCAGCAGGUGGUGGUCUUGGCCGACCCCAACGCUCCAUCAGCGUCCUCCCCAAACAGCUCGGUGGGGCUGACCAACAUCACCGUCACUCCCAUCACCAGCCACGCUCCCGCCCAGUUCACCAGCCUGCAGCCCGUCGCCGUGGGCCACCUGACCGCCAGCGACCGGCCCCUCACCCUGGACAACUCCAUCCUCACCGUCACCUUCGACACCGUCAGCGGCUCCGCCAUGCUCCACAACCGGCCGGCCGAACUCGUCCCGGAGACGGUGGGUCCCGGCGGAGGCGCGGCGCCCCAGUCGGUCGCCCACUUCAUCAACGUCACCACUCUGGUCAACCCCAUGAGCCACCAGCUGGAGGCCCCGACUCUGGCCUGGAGGCCCGUAUCGGCGGCUGAAGGCAGCCAGGUGGCCCCCGUGGUGGAGGGCGCUCAGGGGGAGAGCCAGGAGGCCCAGAGUCAGGGUCCGGAUCCGGGCCGGGCGGUCCAGAGCCAGCCGCCCGCCCCGCAGCAGCAGAGCGGCUCCACACAGCAGAUGUUCAGCUACUAGAGAGCGCAGGUGCUGGCCGCCUCACUCAGACGCUGUAAAAUAUUAGAGUAGAUUUUAUCAGACUGUACGAAGCUUCGAUCACUGUCACCCUGAUGCCUCUCCAGCCCCAAAAAAGUGAAUGAAACUGUAACGUUUUCUUUUUUAUAUACUGACAAAACACAGUGGCUGUUAAUAAUUAACACAAUAUUUAAAAAAGAGAAAGAAAAAUGGUACAUUUAGCCAAAAUCAGACACUCCUCUGGAACAUUUCAAACCAAAGCAACGUGUCGAUUAUUCAAAUGCCUUACCAGCUUUUUAAAAUCGUGCAUGUUUUCAGCAUCAAUCUGCUGCUCCAACGAUGAAAUAUUGAAGUGAACCAACAUGAAGACACAUUUGUGGACAGUUUAAGUGAAAACACAUCUACCAGGUCGUGUAAUCAGUAAUGGCUGGCAAAAUUCCUAAAAGUGAAAAACUCAUGAAAUAUUAUUUUUGAAUGCUGUAAACUGAAAUUAUUGUUGAACUGUCUUGGAGAAAUAC